UGUGACCUCCCCGCUCACAGUUCUUUCAGUCUGAAGUACUAAGCAAGCUACAGAAUGAUUUUACCGCCAUCUCCUGAGAGGAGAAUAUGACAGACACAGCGGGAGUAGGGGGACACAGCAGGUGAGCGCAAAAUGAGAAGAUCAGCAGCUCCAAGUCAGCAAUUGCUGGGGAAUCCCACAAAAAAGCCUCGUUUUACACCACCUGUUAAACAUAAUUCCUUCUCUGAUAAGACAACCGAAAGCUUGACUACGUUGUUAAUGCCCAAGAUUGACAAUUUGCCUUCUGGAGUUCCUGCCAGAACUUGUGGUGUAAAUCCAGAUUCCAAAGCAGUCGAGGAACGUUCAGUGUCCAGAAGCCAGGUGUGCAGGCCUGCGGUUACUGCUGUUACAAAGUUUAAACCACUUACAGCAUCUUCAGUACACUUAGUGGACCAGAAGAUACCCAACAAAUCGCAGGAGGAAGGAGAGGCCAGUUCCCUUGUGAAGUAUUUCAGUGUGGUGUGGUGCAAGGCAUCCAAGAAGAAACAUAAGAAAUGGGAAGGGGAUGCUGUUCUUAUUGCCACGGGGAGGUCAGUGACUUUAAAGGAUAUGGAAGGCAAAGAUAUUGGGAAAGGCACUGGAUACAAGCUAAAGGAUCUAGAGAACCUAGAAGAAGGGCAGACCUUAAUGAUUGGCGGGAAGGAGAUUGAGGUCAUGGGUCCAAUCACUGAAGAGGAUUACACAAGUGGGAGAUGUUUCCAUUCAGCAGUGGUGUCAUCCACUCAGGCUCCACUAGAUUCUCUCAAUCUCAAACCAUUCGCCAACCCAAUGAAAAAUAUUGGCAAAGAGACUACAUCAAAAGACUUUCAGACCUGCAAACCUCGCCAUGAUCCCAGUGCACCAGGUUCUAUCGUGAUGCCAAGACCGUUCGAGCAUCAUCAGAGAAUGUCUAGUUUGCAUCUUGUAGAUGUCGUGGUUGAUCCUUAUGUGGCUGUGCAUCUGAGACCGCAUCAGAAAGAAGGGAUUCUGUUUCUUUACGAAUGUGUCAUGGGGAUGAGGGUCUCUGGUCAGUAUGGAGCCAUCCUGGCAGAUGAGAUGGGUUUGGGAAAAACACUUCAAUGCAUUGUCUUGAUAUGGACCCUUCUGCGCCAAGGCCCUUUUGGAGGCAAGCCUAUCAUAAAGAGAGCUUUGAUCGUCACUCCAGGGAGUUUGGUGAAGAACUGGAGGAAAGAAUUUCAGAAGUGGCUGGGCACAGAGAGAAUGCGUGUGUUUUCAGUCGAUCAGGAUCACAAAGUGGAAGAAUUCAUCAACUCUCCCCUGUAUCCCGUGCUGAUUAUUAGUUAUGAGAUGUUGUUGCGCUCUUUGGACCAAAUUCAGAGCCUGGGCUUCGACCUAAUCAUCUGUGAUGAGGGGCAUCGCUUAAAGAACAGCUCCAUAAAAACCACAUUGGCACUCAGCAGUUUGUCUUGCAGCAAAAGAAUAAUUCUUUCAGGUACUCCUAUACAAAAUGAUCUACAGGAGUUUUUUGCUUUAAUAGACUUUGUUAAUCCAGGAAUACUUGGAUCUUUGACUACUUAUAGAAAAAUAUAUGAGGAACCUAUUUUACAAUCACGUGAACCUUCAACAUCCAAAGAACAAAAAACUUUAGGAGAAGAAAGAGCUUCGGAACUGUCACGUCUGACAGGCCUUUUUAUCCUCCGAAGAACACAGGAGGUCAUUAAUAAAUUCCUCCCUCCGAAGAUCGAGAGCAUAGUCUUUUGCAAGCCAUCCAUGUUUCAGCUUGAUUUGUACAAAAGGCUUCUCAACUCUGGCCUAGUAAGAUCUUGUUUGCAAGGACUGGGGGAGAACAGUCCACACCUGGUCUGUAUUGGUGCACUCAAGAAACUUUGUAAUCAUCCUAUCCUUCUCUACAAGACUCUCCAGGAGAAAACUACAAAUCCGAACACGGAGGAAAUUGGCUUUUAUGAAAAUUUAGGUGAUCUAUUUCCACAACCUUAUACUACAGAGGACGUACAAGAGUCGGAGUCUGGAAAACUACAGGUUUUAAUGAAGCUUUUGCAAGCAAUAAAAGAGCAAAGCCCAUCUGAGAGAGUAGUCCUUGUGUCCAACUACACCCAGACGCUAAACAUAUUGCAAGCACUGUGUCAACGACAUGGGUACAGUUGCACCAGAUUGGACGGACAGACACCGGUCGGUAACAGACAGCGUAUAGUGGAUGGAUUUAACAGCAAAUAUUCCUCAGAUUUUAUUUUCCUUCUGAGUUCCAAAGCUGGUGGUGUGGGCCUAAACCUGAUUGGAGCAUCCCAUUUAAUCCUGUAUGAUAUAGACUGGAAUCCUGCUAACGACAUACAGGCAAUGGCUCGUGUAUGGAGGGAUGGUCAGCAGCACACUGUGCACAUCUACAGGCUUCUGACAACCGGUACUUUAGAGGAAAAGAUUUAUCAGAGACAAAUUAGUAAACAGGGUCUCUCCGGGUCUGUAGUUGAUCUGGCCAAGAAGUCGGAACAUUUCUGUUUUUCUGUGGAUGAGCUGAGAGACCUUUUCACGCUGCAUGAAGACAGUGACUGUGUGACCCAUGACUUGCUGGAGUGUGACUGUACACAUACCAAGCACUAUACAGGUGGUUCCACUGGAAAAGAGAUCACACAUGGGAGGCUCCUUAAUAAGCCGCAUAAGAAUAUUUCCAUGUCUGAACUGAUGGAGUGGAAACACUUUUCCAUGGAGCAGAGUGAUGGUGACCCUUUCCUCCAGCCCGGGAGAGAAUAUAUUUCUUUUGUUUUCCAGAACAUGACAAACAGCCAAACCUGAACUGUGAUCAGAGGAUACAUAGACUUUGUCUCUGGGGAUACAAGCUGUCCUUACACAGUGCCCUGGUGUAAUGUGCUGUGCACUGAUCCCAGCUUGGCACUCAUUUCAUAUGAAGAGUAAGUCAAAUGUCAACGGACACUUGCUAAAAGAGGGUGCUUAGUUAGUAUAUUUAGAAUCAGCCACCCAAUGGGGAGAAUGAUGGAAAUACAUAAUAUCUAUUAACCUGUUCACAAAUAUUGAGGACAAACAAUUUUGGCAGGCUUCAGUGUUGGCUUUUCUGAACAGCUUCAUUUCUUUUAUCAACUUUAGUUUUUUUUUUAAGUUGCAAAAAUAAAAAAAAUCUUGCAUUAAACCUUUUUUUGCGUUUCUGAGCUGUUAAAACACCACGUUCACAAUUGCAGUGACAAUAAAAUAAACCCUGAGUUUUUUCUGAACA